CCCAGGACAAUGCCAAGAAAAGCCAGACUGGCUCGAAUUCGUGCAGCAAAGAGUGGGAGUGCUAAUGCCUACAUGCAGAGCAAACGAAAUGGCUUACUGAGUAACCAGCUGCAGCAGUCCUCCACUGAAGAAGAACAGGCCUUUGUUAGCAAAUCUGGCUCUUCCUUUGAAACUCAGCACCACCACCUGCUUCACUGUCUGGAAAAAACUACGAAUCAUGAGUUUGUGGAUGAGCAAGUCUAUGAAGAAAGCUGUAUGGAGGUUUCCACAGUCAACAGACCCCCCAGCCACAGCCCCUCUCUCUCAUCUCAACAAGGUGUUACCAGCACUUGCUGCUCACGAAGACAUAAAAAGACUUACCGCAUCCCAAACACCACCAUCACUGGCAGCCGUCCAGGCAGUGUACAAGAGCUCAGCACCAUCCAGAUCAGAUGUGUGGAGAGGACGCCUCUGUCUAACAGCCGUUCCAGCUUAAAUGCCAAAGUGGAAGAGUGCGUUAAACUAAACUGUGAGCAGCCUUACGUCACUACAGCAAUAAUUAGUAUCCCAACACCUCCAGUCACCACACCUGAAGGAGAUGAUAGGCCAGAGUCUCCUGAGUAUUCAGGAGGAAACAUUGUCAGAGUAUCUGCUUUAUAAAAUAAGGCAUUAUUUAUAAAUUAGCAUAAAGACCACUUGCAAGCUGAGCUCCAGCAGUGAGAAAUGAGUCACGAGGAAUGAGAGAGCUGACAAAGACAACACCCUUUGACGUGUUCGCCAGCGGCCACAGAGCGAGAGGGUCAGGAGAAACAAAACACACUGUGGGUUUCGAUGUCAUAGCGUGUGAACCAAAAGGAGUUUCUUACCCUUUGUCCAAACUGACACGUGGUGGAAUCUUCUGUGACCAUCCUGACUUACUUUAUGAGCACAAUGAAAUGUCCCCAUUGAUGCUUCUUCUUAUCAUGAAAGCUCUUUUUAGAAAAAAAAAAAUGCAAAACAAAAAUAGAAACAAACCUGUGUUCCUGCUGAAUGCAAAACAAGAAACAUUUUGAUAACGUGUCUUUUUUUUUCCUGUUAAUAAACCACAAACUUGUUGAGAAAUUAUCAAAAAAUGAAAGAAAAAACGCUCAUAUGAAAUAUGUUUGUACUGACUGAAACUACAACCAUAAUGCAUGCUGAUUAUUUGGAGCUGUGAUCUCAGUUUACUUUUGUUGUUUUUCAGAUUAGGCAUGAUAAAAUAUUACUGUAGAAAGGGGCAUUUCCGUGCACUUACAACAAACUGAUUGUUAAUGUUUCAUGGUAGUUGUACAAAUAACUUCCCUUUGAAAAAUGCAGUAUUCCUUAUUCAAACACUCAUUAGUGAACUAAAGGUGUUCAGUUAGUUCAAUAUUUACUAUUGGUUUACCUUGCUUCCUAGGUACUGUUACAACUGCAAUAAGUCAUUGUACACCUGUUGUAUCAGGAAUCAGGAUUUCUUUUUUUUAAAGUAUUUUAAACAACUUCAUCUACACUAUAAACUUCUAAUGGCAAACAUUUAAAUAAUUUUACAGCCAAACACCACCAAUGCACUAUUCAAUUAUUGUUCUUUUCGUCCACUGCCCUCUACUUCUAUGACAGUUUGUUGUCCACUCCAACAUUACUGUACUAUUUGGGAUUUCAAGGCUACUGAUGAAUCAACACAGUCCUUUCUUCUGUAGACAUUUUGUCGUCUUCUGUAUUUGCAGAACAAACCUCUCUUCCCAGUGUACUCUUGCAGGAUCAAUCCUAUUUGAAUUAAAAUUACAAUAAAGGUGUUUUUGGGAUCAGCUAACACUUAUCUCCAAACCUUCCUUGUUGACAUUCUGCAGCAUCCAGAGUAUUGGCUACACUGGAAGACACCAAAAGAUACUCAGUAAAAAGACUGCAAAGCUCUUUUUGUAGUUGUCUGUAAACUUGCAUCCUAAAAUUUUUUUGAGAAUUUAAGAAUACUGAUAGAAUAAUGGAUUGGGUCCUAACACUAUAAAAAUAUAAUUUAUAUCAAUUGGAAUUUACCCACAUGGACAGGCCUAAAAGCUAAUAUGAAGGCUCCACUAGUUAAGGGGUUUUGGCUCCAUUUUUAAAAGACAUUGAUGUUACCAGAAACCUUUCUGAUAAAAAGUGUAAUUUUUCUUCAUGAGAGUGCAUUAGGAGAUGUAUCAUAAUGCUUCCUAUAUACAUGGCAUACCACACAUCAUAUACAUCAAAUAUACAUGGAAUAUGUGCAUACUGAUACAUACAUAUAUACAUGAAAAACACUGGAUCAGAAAUAAUUGCAUGUCUGCAAAAUAAAAUAUGCAUAUAAAUCAAAAGGCUCAGUGCAUUAGAUGCCAUUACAAUAAAUGAUUAACACAGUUAUUUAAUAGUUUGAGUAGUAUAUGUUUCAGUACAGUAUUUGCUAGCAUUCUACUGACAUAAAAAUUUACAUUAAGAGAAAACACCCACUAAAAACUGAAACUUGUUGAUAAUACUUUUUACUACAUACAAAUACUGGUCUUUCUACCUGUCAAUAGAGAUUGAAAAGUGGAUGAUGGACUAUCAUGCUACAGUAUAUACACCAAAAUACAACAUCACAUAUUAAACUGCAAUUAAAAGGAGUAUAUGAUGCCAUGCAUUACUCUCUUAUCGUUUACUUAUUCAGAAGCUUGGUUACUUUGCAGUUAACUUCCCACUUCUUCUGCAAAUCACAAUAACCUACUCACUGUAAACUGAGCUUCUACAUUUCUUUCAAACCUUAACAGAGAGCAGAAGUGCAGGCUGUCCUCUAACCCAGAAGAGGGCUCCUUCUGAGGAACUCUGCAAACUGACUUUGCUCUCCUCCCUUUUACACUGUUGGAAAAUAGCACUAGAUCUGCUGAUGCUGGUGGGUUACCAAAGUUUUAAUGGGGCUUAAAAGAGAGGCAGAAUGGACCCAGAAUUUUCACUUGCAUCCUACUUCUACCCAUGAUUACUCACACAGAAAAUGGCUUGAUCCCCACCUUUUGCCAGAGUUACUGAUAUAAAAACUGCCUUGAUAUUAGUAACAACUUCUUGACUAGUUAUAUCAGGUAAAUAAUGCAAAAAGGCAGUUAAUAAACCCACUUUGGGACAAACUACUUACAACCCAGGAAACCUACUGACUUUGUAAGGUCACGUGUUUUAAAAUCCGUUUAUUCUCCUUUUCAUAUGGGCUAAAAAGAAAACACUACAGCAAUACACUUGCAUGACAGUUAUACCCCUGAAGCAACUUGUACUUUCAUUUUUAAAAUGCAGCUUAUGGAAUAAUUUAAUAUGAUUUUGCAGAAUUCUAGUCCUGUCUUUUAUUUCCGUGUCACAUGAAAAAUCAUUAAUUUAUUCUGAAUUUGGGAAAUACACAUUCUUUUGGUGUUUUAGGUGAUUUAAAUGCUGUUUUGGUAGUGAAUGACUGUUGAUGACUGUGUAAAAUGCAUCUGUACUGUACAUGAAAUGUAAUUAUUUCUGUGUAUCAUACAAAGAAACCGAGGUGGUUGUUUUGACAAUUUUGUUUGACAGUCAUAUAUCGUAUUUCAGAAGGCAGCAUAAUACAUGCAUUAUGCUGAAUAAAUAGACAUUUGAGGAAUAUUUAAAUAAAACAUCUGCAUGCUUGAAUGGGUCAA